AUGGAACCCUGGUUUGUGUUCGUCAUCUCACUCUGCAUCUUAGCCCUUGCUAAAUCCAUUUCCACACUCUUCACCUCCACCAAAGAGCAAAACCUUCCGCCGGGACCCCCAAGCAUACCGCUCGUCGGCAACCUAAUAUGGCUCCGGAAGCCAAUUUCCGACCUGGAGUUCGUCCUCCGCAACCUUAAACCCAGGUACGGUCCCCUCAUAACCUUGAGAAUCGGCCACCGCCCCUUUAUAUUCGUCGGAGAUCACUCGCUCGCUCACCACGCACUAGUCAGCAACGGUGCUGUUUUCGCUGACCGCCCUGCCCCGCCGCCCACCAGGAAAGUGUUCAACAGAUCCCAGAUAGCUAUCAGCUCCUCAUCCUAUGGGCCCACGUGGCGCCUACUCCGCCGCAACCUCAGCCACGAAAUCCUUCACCCCUCCCGUGUCAAGCUCCACUCCACCUCCCGCCGCUGGGUCCUCUCCCUUCUCAUCACCCGCCUCCAAGCCCACGCAUCAUCGUCAGAUUCCUCUUCAGUGAGGCUUAUCGAUCAUUUCCAGUACGCCAUGUUCUGCCUGCUGGUUUUGAUGUGCUUUGGAGAUGAGCUUAAGGAGAGUCAGAUCAAGGAGGUCCAAGGCGUGCAGACCCGUCUCCUUUUGGGAUUCCGCAGAUUCAAUGUCCUCAACAUGUGGCCUCGACUCGGGAAGAUUUUCUUCCGCCGGCGAUGGAAGGAAUUAAUCCAGAUGCGCCAAGACCAGGACAGAGUGUUGAUUCCACUCAUUAAAUUUCGUCUGCAGUCCAAGCAAACGAGGAAACCAGAUGAAGCAGUGGCUUACGUGGACACACUUGCUGAUUUGCAGCUUCCAGAAGAAGACAACAGGAGAUUAGACAAAGAGGAGAUGGUGGGGCUUUGUGGUGAAUUCCUGAAUGCGGGUACGGACACCACAUCCACAGCUCUACAGUGGAUCAUGGCGAACUUGGUCAAGCACCCACACAUCCAGGAAAAGCUUUACCAUGAGAUAACUGGUGUUGUCGGCCAAAAGUCGCAGCAAGUAGUUGAGGAGGAUGAGCUGCAGAAAAUGCCAUAUCUUAAAGCUGUGGUGUUAGAGGCCCUGAGGAGGCAUCCUCCGGGCCACUUUGUUUUGCCACAUAAGGUUACACAAGAUGUUGAGUUGGCCGGUUGCUUGGUCCCAAAGAAUGCAGUUGUGAAUUUCAUGGUGGCUGAUAUGGGUUGGGACCCUAAGGUUUGGGAGGAUCCAUUGGAAUUCAAGCCCGAGAGGUUCUUGGGGGAGCAGUUCGAUAUAACAAGUAGCAGAGAGAUCAAAAUGAUGCCUUUUGGUGCUGGCAGGAGAAUAUGCCCUGGAUCUGCAUUGGCUCUGCUUCACUUGGAGUAUUUUGUUGCCAAUUUGAUUUGGCACUUUGAGUGGACGUCUCCUCCAGGACAUCAAGUUGACCUCUCUGAGAAGGAAGAGUUCACUACCGUCAUGAAGACCCCACUGUGCGCUUGCAUCUCUCCUCGAAAUCACACUGCCAUCUUACUCUAG